AUGUGGAUGCUUAAAGCUGCGCUGUUGACCCUGCUUGCUCUUGGCCCGAGAAUUUCGACGGCCGAGUGUACUUCAAAGGAUGCAGUCGAUUCAGAGCGAUACGAUUACAUUGUCGUCGGAGCAGGCGCCGGUGGCAUGCCUGUCGCAGACAGGCUUUCCGAGGCGGGCAAUAAGGUCCUCAUGAUUGAAAGGGGGCCUAUUUUAUCUGGUCGAUGGUUUCCCGAGGAGAAUUUACUCAAAGAUCAACUCCCUUUUGACAACUGGCGACCGGAAUGGCUCAAAGGCACCAACCUCACCAGAUUCGACGUACCAGGCCUGUGUCAAAGAAUCUGGGUAGACGGGAAAAAUGUCACGUGUGACGACAUCAACGAGAAUAUAUCUGGCUGCGUCCUGGGCGGAGGAAUGGCCGUCAAUGCAGGUCUCUGGUGGAAGUCUCCUGACAUUGACUGGGAUCAAAACUAUCCAGAGGGUUGGAAGGCAGCAGACAUGAAGGUUACCGCGGAUGCGCUUUUCAAGAGAAUCCCUGCAACCGACAGGCCCUCAACGGACGGUGUUCUCUAUGCUCCGGAGGGCUAUAACGUGCUUUCGCGCGCCUUGGAAGCCGGAGGAUGGAAUCACGUCAACCCGGCAGACAACCCCAACGCGAAAAGCCAAACAUUUGCGUUUGCAAACUUCAUGUACCAGAACGGGGAACGGCAUGGUCCGUUGGCAACCUAUCUGGUUACGGCAAACUCGAGACCUAACUUCAAAAUGUGGACGAACACGAUGGCCCGCCGUGUCAUCCGCGAUCGAGGUCGGAUCACAGGGGUCGAGGUCGAGUCUCGUGGUGACGGAGGCCGAUGCGGCAUCGUGAACGUAACGGAGUCGACUGGCCGAGUGGUGAUCUCAGGCGGCUACUACGGCACACCGAAGCUGCUAUUCCGAAGCGGCAUCGGACCAGAGGAUCAGCUCCGCAUUGUCCAGCAGAGCACCGAUGGCCCCGACUUCAUCGAAGAAACCCAGUGGAUCAAGCUACCAGUAGGCCGAAAUCUUCACGAUCACACGGUCACUGACUUGCAGAUCACUCACAAAGACGUCUAUUAUUAUGACUUUCAGAUUGGUGCAUGGGAGAGUCCAAUCCAAGCUGAUGUGGAUGCCUACUUGAAGAAUCGGACUGGGAUGCUUACCAUGACGGCGCCAAAUGAUGGUCCUAUCAUGUGGGAAGUCAUUCAUGGGCCUGAUGGACCACGCCAGUUUCAAUAUACAGCACGAGUGGCCGGAGCGACCAAGAAUUCGAUGACAAUCUCGCAGUUCCUUGGCCGAGGCGGUACAUCAGUUGGCGCCGUGACAAUUAACUCAAAUCUCACGAUGUCCAUUUCUACUCUUCCAUAUCAGCAAACGAAGGAGGAUAAAGCGGCCAUCAUUGCUAGUAUCAAAAAUCUCAUGAAGGCACUGUCGACCGAUCCUGACAUCGUGUUCACACACCCGCCCGCAAAUAUGACUGUGGAACAAUACAUUGAAGAGAUGCCCGUGAAUCUCCAGAGACGGCGUGGGCUUCAUUACCUCGGUACCGCAAAGAUGGGAAUCGACAGCGGUCUUGAAGGUGGCACGUCCGUCGUCGACACUCACACGCGCGUCUAUGGUACAGAAAAUCUGUUCAUCGUCGAUGCUUCGAUUAUGCCUGGAAUGGUCACGACCAAUCCGUCUGGACCGAUCAUGACUGUUGCGGAAAGGGCAGCUCAGCGCAUUCUAGAGCUACAAGGGAACAUCUUGUCUGCUGGUGUCGGUGUCGCGGAUGUUUCAAAAGGGGCGCAGAAGAGUCUGGCGAAUCAACCGUCGUACAACAUCCCUCUACUUACUUGCGCGCUAAGUCUUGUCAUUUUACAGGUGGGAUUCUAA